AUGAGUGAAGUUAAUUCUGAAGAGGAAAUAGAUGAUUAACAACCAACCAAAAUAACUGAUACAUCUCCAAUCAAAAAGGGAGACUUUAUGACUUACUCUCAAUUAUAGAAAAAAAUAAAUAGUGUUAUUCCUGAUGAAGAGACUGUCUCAUAUAAUACAUCAGCUGUAUAAAAUAGUCAACUUACUUAUUCAAUGAGUCAGUUUGAAAAAUCUAAUCUUGGUAAAAUUGAAGAAGUUAAUGAGAGUCAGCACUCUCUAUUUUCUUAAUUAUAACAAUCUCAUUUUAUUUCAGAUAAUAAAGAAAGCUUAAAAAAAGAUUAAGAAAUUGAAAAAUUAAAGUUAUAAAAUGUUCAAUAAUAAAAAGAGCUAGAAGAACUACAAACUGCUUUAUAAAAAUUGAAAAUCUGUUAAAAAAUAGAAAUUGAUGAAUUAAAUGAUUUGCUAUUAGAGAAAGAUAAAAUUAUUAAUAGAUUAACAUAAUUUGAAGCUUACACUUAAGAGUAAUAAAAAAUGAUUGAUUAAAAAGAUAAAUAAUUGAAAGAUUUAAAAGAAUAAUAUGAAGUUAGAACAUUCAAUUUGCAAUCAAUUAUUGAUGAUUAAACAUAAUCUAUAAAGAUGUUGCAUAAAUAAAUUAGUCUUUCUAAUAAUACCUCUUAGAUAAUUCAAUCUCCUCAAUUAUUUGAAAAGAUUCGUCUCAAAUAAUCAAAUUUAAAAUCAUAAUUUGAAGAACUUUCUAAAUUAUAUGAUGAAGUUAUUAGUGAAACACCUUAAACACCAACUUCUUAAAAGAAAUAAAGUAUAAUUAGAACACCUUCUAAAUCGAUUCAUUUAUUAUAAUCCCCGUAGUAUUACAAUACUGAACCAAAACCAGCAUUAAUAUGA